GUGAAACAUUUAUAAACAAAUUGAUACUCUAUGUGAUAAUGUGUGCUGAUGUAUUGUAGAACUCCAUUUCAACCUAGAUUUUUUGGUUACUAUUUUUUAGCUUCGAUACGAAGCUGAGAAGCGAUUCAAUAUUCAGAUGACGAUGAAAUGUGUCAGAUUGAAAAAAGUUUUACUACAGAAGCUGCCGAAAAUGGAAACUUAGAAUUUUUAAUAUAUGCUCAUGAAAAUGGAUGUGAAUGGAACGAAGAAACAACAAAGGCUGCUGCUACUAAUGGAUAUUUAGAAAUCUUAAAAUCUUUACAUAUAAAUGAAUGUCCGUGGGAUGAAAGCACAACAGAAGCAGCUGCUUCUAAUGGUAAAAUUGAAUGUUUAAAAUAUGCUCAUGAAAAUGAAUGUCCGUGGGAUAAAAGCACAACAGAAGCAGCUGCUUCUAAUGGAGAAUUAGAUUGUUUAAAAUAUGCUCAUGAAAAUGGAUGUCCAUGGGAUGAAUCAACAACACAAGAAGCUGCUUAUAGUGGUGAAAUAGAAUGUUUAAAAUAUGCUCAUGAAAAUAAAUGUCCGUGGGAUAAAAGAACAACAGCAGCAGCUGCUACUAAUGGUAAAAUUGAAUGUUUAAAAUAUGCUCAUGAAAAUGAAUGUCCGUGGGAUAAAAGCACAACAGAAGCAGCUGCUUCUAAUGGAGAAUUAGAUUGUUUAAAAUAUGCUCAUGAAAAUGGAUGUCCAUGGGAUGAAUCAACAACACAAGAAGCUGCUUAUAGUGGUGAAAUAGAAUGUUUAAAAUAUGCUCAUGAAAAUAAAUGUCCGUGGGAUAAAAGAACAACAGCAGCAGCUGCUACUAAUGGUAAAAUUGAAUGUUUAAAAUAUGCUCAUGAAAAUGAAUGUCCGUGGGAUAAAAGCACAACAGAAGCAGCUGCUUCUAAUGGAGAAUUAGAUUGUUUAAAAUAUGCUCAUGAAAAUGGAUGUCCAUGGGAUGAAUCAACAACACAAGAAGCUGCUUAUAGUGGUGAAAUAGAAUGUUUAAAAUAUGCUCAUGAAAAUGGAUGUCCGUGGGAUGAAAGAACAACAGAAGCAGCUGCUUCUAAUGGUAAAAUAGAAUGUUUAAAAUAUGCACAUGAAAAUAAAUGUCCAUGGGAUGAAACAACAACAAAAUCAGCUGCUUCUAUUGGUAAAUUAGAAUAUUUAAAAUAUGCUCAUGAAAAUGAAUGUCCGUGGGAUGAAAGCACAACAGAAGCAGCUGCUUUUAAUGGUAAAUUAGAAUGUUUAAAAUAUGCUCAUGAAAAUAAAUGUCCAUGGGAUGAAAGAACAACAGAAGCAGCUGCUACUAAUGGUAAAAUUGAAUGUUUAAAAUAUGCUCAUGAAAAUGAAUGUCCGUGGGAUAAAAGCACAACAGAAGCAGCUGCUUCUAAUGGAGAAUUAGAUUGUUUAAUAUAUGCUCAUGAAAAUGGAUGUCCUUGGGAUGAAACAACAACACAAGAAGCUGCUUGUAGUGGUGAAAUAGAAUGUUUAAAAUAUGCUCACGAAAAUAAAUGUCCUUGGAAUGAAAGCACAACACAAUUAGCAGCAAUUUUUGGUAAAUUAGAAUCUUUAAUGUAUGCUCAUGAAAAUAAGUGUCCGUGGGAUGAAAGCACAACAGAAGCAACUGCUUUUUAUGGUAAUUUAGAAUGUUUAAAAUAUGCUCAUGUAAAUGAAUGUCCGUGGGAUGAAAGCACAACAGAAGCAGCUGCUUCUAAUGGUAAUUUAGAAUGUUUAAAAUAUGCUCAUGAAAAUAAAUGUCCAUGGGAUGAAAACACAACACAAUUGGCAGCAUAUCAUGGUAAAUUAGAAUGCUUAAAGUAUGCUAAUGAAAAUGGAUGUCCGUGGGAUGAAAGCACAACAGAAGCAGCUGCUUUUAAUUGUAAAUUAGAAUGUUUAAAAUAUGCUCAUGAAAAUGGAUGCCCAUGGGGUGAAAGCACAACAGAAGCAGCUGCUUUUAAUGGUAAAUUAGAAUGUUUAAAAUAUGCACGUGAAAAUGGAUGCUUUUGGAAUAAAACUACGAUAAAAGCGGCUGCACAAAACAAUAAGUUAGAGUGUUUAAAAUAUGCUCAUGAAAAUGGGUGUCCGUGGGAUGAAUCUACAACUAGAGCUGCUGCAGCGAGUGGCGGUUUAGACUGCUUAAUAUAUGCUCACAAAAAAGGAUGUAAUUGGGAUAAAGAUACGAUAGCUGCAGCAGCUGUGCAUGGUAAUUUAGAUUGUUUAAAAUACGCCCGUACUCAUGGAUGUGAUUGGGUUGAAGGUACAAUGAGGUUGGCUGCAGCGAAUGGACAUUUAGACUGCAUUAAAUAUGCCCAUGAAAAUGGUUGUGAAUGGGACGAAGGCACAACAAGGGAAGCUGCUGCUAGUGGUCAUAUUGACUGUUUGAUAUAUGCACAUAGAAAUGGAUGUAAAUGGGAUGAAGGGACAAUGAGUGGAGCUGCUGCAAAUGGUCAUUUAGUCUGCCUAAAAUAUAGUCAUUCGAAUGAGUGUGUGUGGGAUGAAGGGACAACAAGACUUGCUGCUGCAAAUGGACAAUUUGAUUGCAUAAAAUUUGCCCAUGAAAACUAUUGUCCAUGGAGUGGAGGUACCAUUUAUGAAGCUAGUCAAAAAGGUUAUAUAAGUAUAAUCAACUAUGCUACCGAAAAUGGCUGCCUUAAUUAAUUUUUUGUUGAAAUAUAAUUAUUUUUAUUUUAUUUA